UAUUGGUUUAGGUCCAGUGUUGAAUGGUUCAUGCUGCUCUACACAUGGAAUCCUUUGUUUUGAUGUGAACAGAAGACAGACGUUACGCCAUUUUUUAGGACAUUGACAGCAUAUCUUUCUAUUUUCUGAACAAACACUAAGCUGACCAGCCAAACAUGACGAGCUUCAAAAUGAUUAUGGAAAACUCUGAGAGGUUAAUCAACAGGCUAGCAGAAAACUCAGGCCUGGAGAAAUGGAUGGUCGAGAAUAUCCUCCAAUACGCCAAUCAGAUGCCGAAACAGAAAGGAGGAGACGUGGAUUUGUUGAUCUUCAUGGCCCAGAUGUCCAGACAGUUUGACCUGAACUCCGUCAUAUUGAUACAGUCCAUGUAUGAAACACUGAAGAAGGCCAAGACCCAAAGCAUGACAGUGGAAGAGUACGCCAGGGCGAUUUGCCUUUUCCUAAGCGACGACCUCGACUCCAAAGUGGAAUUCGUCUUUCGUGUGUACGACGUCAAUCACGACGGCAUGGUGGAGUGGCACGAGCUGUACACCUUGCUGCGGCCUUGCAUCAUCAGCCCAGAGCCGGUCGAGGACGCUGACACUGAGGAUUCCUUGAGGGAGCUGGUGGACAUGGUCCUCAAAGUAACAGACAUGGACAUGGAUGGCUUCAUCAGCUGCGAGGAGUUUAAGGCCCUGGUGAAGAGUAACAUUCUGUACCUUCAGGUGUUGGGACCAUGUCUUCCGUCCGAGAUCGCCGUGCAAAGCUUUAAAAACAAACUGACCGGUAAAACCCCAUUUCAAGUGAGCGUCCAGUUCUCAGACGAACGGAUCCAGUCUCUCAGUGAGAUUAAGAUUAACAUGAAAAAAACGGACCAGCUGUACCCGAUUCGACUGGAACUCCCUUAGCCUUGAUCCACACAAACGACUUUUUGUUCAAAUUACUGAUUUUUUGUUAUAGACUCUACAUUUAUAACGGACGGACCUACGAAUAUAUUUUUUUUUGACACUAAUUAAUGUGGUACUUACUUGACCAAUGUUUGAUAUAAAUUUAAUGCAUUUAUUUUUUUAUAACAAAAAUAAAACUGUAUACACAACUGUC